AUGGCAGACCUCACAUCGCUAACACCUUCACAAACCCGUGCCUUGGGCCAACUACGCGACCUGACAAAUGGAGGGGACGACGAAGUUGCCAUGGGUGUGCUACGCAGUGUAGACUGGGACGUUCAACGAGCCGCGGAGAUGAUCUUUGACGGUCAAACAGGAGCAGAGAGUAGCAGAACAGGGGAAAGCAGAAACAAUAUCAGUAGUCGUGUUAACCUAGAAGACUCACAGGGAAGACGUUACGAGGAAUUUGACGUGGACGACUCUGAACAGGGCUUGUUGAGACCGAGAGAACCACCUCGUCAACCUAUUUCUAUCUUGAGCUUGAUAACCUACCCCCUACACCUCAUCUCUUCACUCGUACGCUUCAUUUUCAACUUAUUGCGUAUUCCUCUUCCAUAUAUCCCAUUCCUAUCACUCAACUUUUACCGGAGAACUCCUGGUCGUACAACUGUACGACGUGCCGGCGGAGGAAUAGAACGAUGGAUACGUGAGCUAGAAGAAGAAACCGGUGCUAUUUGUGCUGGUUCCGCGGACAAUGUAGACGCGACAGGUGUACAAGUGAAUACAUCAGCCGAAGCUGGUCCGUCUACACUGACUUCCCGACACACCUCAGCUACUGGCUCGGGUUCAAGUAAAUUGCUUCCACCGUUCCAGCUUGGAACAUACGAUUCCAUCCUUCGUUUAUGCCAAUCCUCAUUCCGAAUUGGGUGCAUAAUCCUCGUUUCAGCAGAACAUGAUUCCACGGCAGAAUUCAAGGACACGACGCUUACUAACGAUGAACUUGUGCAAAUUCUAGUCGAUAACAACAUAGUAUGUUGGGGUGGUGAUAUACGAGAUAAAGAGGCAUAUGAAGCGGGUCUGAAACUCGGAGCGACGACUUAUCCGUUUGUCGCCUUCAUAGGAAUGCAGCCAAGUAGAAAUUUCACGUCAUCCUCUGGCUCAACAACAACAACAACUGCGAGUCAAUCUACCCCUGCGCUCACAGUCCUUUCGCGGCACCUUGGGGCAUCUGCUUGUACAUCCUCUGCCUUGACUACGCAUCUACGAGAAACACUGCUACCCAGGGUAAAACCUUAUUUGGACCGCACAAGGAUGCAGAGAGAGGCAGUAGAAAGAGAACGAACGAGAGAACGUGAACUACGAGAGGCUCAAGACAGAGCAUUUGAAGAGACCAAGAGACGGGAUAAAGAGAGGAUAUUGAAAAAGAUGGAAGAAGAGAAGGUAGAACUGCAACGGAAGCAAGCUGAAGAAGAUCAGAUGAGAAUGGAAAACGAGCUUCGUGAGCGACAACGCAUCGAAGCGCAGGAACAGACAGAAGAACGGGAUCGUUGGAGAACCUGGUUCAGGAAGGUAUUACCUGCCGAACCUAAUGCGACCGAAACAAUCAGAAUUGCAAUACGUAUGCCCGAUGGUCGCCGACUAAUGAGGAGGUUCGACAUGCACGAGGAUACCCUGGAUACCUUGUAUGCGUAUGUGGAUACUGAGCUAGUCUCAACUUCUGUCUCCUCAUCUUCAUCUUCAUCGUCAUCAUAUUCAUUCGAAACGCUGCACACCCUCCUUUCUACGCGUGUACCGAAAACUAACGAGUGGUGGGGCUUCACUCUCGUGUCUGCUUAUCCCCGUCAACUGAUUCCUUGGUCACCGAAUACUCUCUUGGGCAACAUCAAGGCGGUGUCUGGGGGUCAGCUUGUUGUAGAAAUAGUGAACUCUAGGGUUAAUGGAGAUCGAAAAAAGGCUGGAGGAAAAGGAAAAGGCAAGGCACAGGACGAAGAUGAGUAUGAAACGGAGAGUUCAGACGAAGACUAA